UGUUCAUACAUUUUUUUAAAUUUAAUCUUUUAAUUCACAAAAUUAAAUGUCCAUUAUUCUCUUCAUUUUCGAUCACUCUCUUCCUUACUUGAUUCCAUUAAUAACCCAUCAUCACAGAAAUUAAACGUAUUCCCCCGUUCCCAGCGGUCAUGGCUUAAUACUUUGCCUUCAACAUAACUGAAAACGUCCUUUCUAAACUAACCAAAAUUGCCUAUCAAGAAAUCAGCCUAGGUUGGGAUGUUCACAGGGACCUUGAAAAGCUUCAAAAGACUUUAACUACUAUUAAAUCUGUGCUUUUAGAUGCUGAACUAAAACAGGUUGAUGACAAUCAUCUCCGGGUUUGGCUACAAGAGUUGAAGGAUGCUUGUUACGAUGCAGAAGAUGUAUUAGAUGAGUUCGAAAUUCAAGCAUUGAGGAAGCAGCUUCUGAAACAGAGGAGCAUUGGUAAGAAGAGACAUGUUGGCCCCAAGGCACAGCCUGCGCUCGGAGAGGGAGACCCACUCCUUUGUGCAGAAAUCAGAGGUAAUUGGCAGAGAUGAUGAGAAAUGAAGAAUUGUAAAGAUGUUGACGCAGGAUGAUCCAGCUGAUGAGGAAGACAUAUCCGUCCUUCCCAUAGUUGGAAUUGGAGGUAUGGGAAAAACGGCCCUUGCCAAACUGGUUUUCAAUGAUGAAGCUGUGGAUGCUCACUUUGAGUUGAAACUGUGGGUGUGUGUUUCCUAUGAUUUUGAUCUGAAACGAUUAGUAGUAAAAGCCAUUAAAGCCGGAAAAGGUGGUGAUGGAGACCUUGGAAGCAUGUAUUUGGAGCAAUUACAGAAGGCCUUGCGAUAUUCCUUGAAUGCUAAAAGGUAUUUGCUUGUUUUAGAUGAUGUGUGGAGCGAGGAUAGUAGAAAAUGGAUGGAACUGAAACAGUUGUUUGCAGGAGGAGCUGUCGGAAGAAAAAUUGUAGUCACCCCUCGGAGUAACCAAGUUGCAAAGAUCUCAGGCACAAUCUCCCAACACCAUUUGGAAGCUCUUCCUUACGACAAAUCUUUAUCUUUGUUUCUGAAAUUCGCUUUCAAGAAAGGUGAAGAAAAACAACAUCCAAACCUUGAGGAAAUUGGAGAAGAAAUUGUUAAGAAAUGCAAAGGGGUUCCUCUAAUAUUGAAAACAUUGGGGAGUUCACUUUUCUCCAAAACUUCAGAGCAGGAGUGGAAAGUUUUUAAAGAUAGUGAGACGUGGGAAUUAAUGGAAAAGGAAAAUCAAACAUUUUCAAUUCUGAAACUAACUUACGAUCAACUGUCUCCUCAGCUGAAGCAAUGUUUUGCUUAUUGCUCACUCUAUCCAAAGGAUACUGAUUUUAUAAGCUUUGGUCUAAUCCAAUUUUGGAUGGCACUUGGUCUUCUUGAAUCCUCCCAUAAAAAUGAAAAUCCCGAAGAUAUUGGUAAGCGGUAUUUGAAUGACCUGCUGCCACGAUCUUUCUUUCAAGAUUAUGAUUUGGCAUUUUUCUUUGAUGCAUUCAAAAUUCAUGAUCUUUUACAUGAUAUUGCAUUAUCAGUGGCAAAGAGUGAGUGUUGUAUAGUCAACACUUUUGAGCAAAAUAUUGCCACAGGGAUCCGACAUGUAUGCCUUACUAACUCUGAUUCUUCCGAGGAAAAUGCUUCCAAAUUCCUUGGUAAAUUAGGGCAUUUGCGUACGCUUAGGCUUCCAAAUUUGAGAAACGGUCCAACCAGCGAAUCCUUUAUUGAAAAAUGUUUGAAGAGGUUCCAACAUUUGCGAAUGCUUGAUCUUUCUGGGUCUACUCUCGAGGUAUUGCCCAGAUGGAUUGUUAAUUUGAAGCAUUUAAGAUUUCUCGACAUUUCCAACUGUCCCAACAUCAAGAAACUUCUCAACUCCAUUUGUAAGUUGCAAAAUUUGCAGACUCUGUUUUUAGAUGGUUGUGACCAAAUUGAAGAGUUGCCUAAGAAUAUCAGGUACAUGAUCAGUCUCAGAUUUUUGUUAUUAGCUACAAAACAACGAGAUCUUCAUGGUCAUGGAUUACAACACUUGAGAUCCCUUCGAGUUUUAGCUAUUUAUGGCUGUGAAAAUCUGGAGUAUUUGUUUGAUGGGAUUCAGAAGCUCACAUCUCUUCAUACAGUAUGGAUUGUUGAUUGCAAAAAAUUGGUAUCACUAACACAUGGCUUGAAAUACGUAGCUGCAUUACAAUCUCUAGUUAUUGGGGCUUGCGAAAAGCUUGAUUUGAGUACGGGACAGGGACUCAAAGAGAAAGAAGAUUAUAAUGAAGAAUACCUCGUUGAUACAUGUUUCAGCCUUCAAUCAUUGUACAUCGCAGAUUUGCCAAAGUUGAAGGCUCUACCCCAAUGGCUUUUACGGGGAUCCGCCAACACUUUAAAGAACUUAAUCAUUACAGGAUGUGAGAACCUCACAACUUUAGCAGAGUGGCACAAUCUCACAUCACUUGAAAAACUUGAGAUCAAGUGUUGCCCAAAAUUAUGA